AUGAAGUAGUUUAGAUUAAGUGAACACGAGUCCUGGGGAUUACAAUAAUGACAAAGGGGGAUUUUUGUUGACGGCUUGUCUGUAGGCAAACUGAUUGGAUAAUAUUGGUGCCGGAGAGAUUUGUCCUAUCCAGUGCUGUGACUGAGCAUGAUGGCUUUCUGCCAGGCAGACCGGCAAAUGAAAGUUGAGAACAAGAGGCGAUUGAAUCCUCCGGUGUUCUCCAGGAUUUGAUUUGACAGCGUUGUUGAAAGAACUGCGAGUUUACGCCACGCCACCUGAUUGAGAGGCAUGUUUUCUCUCUGCACACAUCCUGUGGUGCCGCGGGCGACGUAACGCGUUCUGUGUUGACGCCCGGACAUGGACACCGGGGAAACAUUGGUGAAGCCGCGCGAUUUAGGGUCAUUGUGAAAAGUGAUAUAAUCGUAUUCAUGGUAAAUGAAUUAUGCUAACACCCACUGACUUCAUCGACAUGAUAAUGGUAAAAUAUCUCGCCGGGUUUUGACGGGCUGAUCAGGGACACUCCAGGAAGCUGAUCUAGCAGAAGGCCCAGUCCACAGCCAGCUAGGCAGGAUGACAGAGGGGGUGGAGUUGGAGGCCAGACAGAACCAGUCCCACAGGACACAGAGGACCAGACAGAACCAUAACCAGGGCGACACAGUCCUGCUGAGGAGGGGUAGUGGAGGAGAGGGCCCCCAGGGGCCUAAGGGACCCGAGGUUAGGGCAGAGAGGUCCAGGGGGUCUGAGGUUAGGGCAGAGGGGUCCAGGGGCUCCAAGGUUGGAGCAGAGGGGUCCAGUGGGUCAGAGGAUGUGGUAGAGACACGGACGUCUCAGGACUGGACCGGGGUGAACCACAGUACUGUGAGGAGGUGCACAGACAGUGACUCAGAGGAGCAGGAGGAAAACGAGGAGGAGGAGGGUUCCCUCCAACACCACCACCUUACUGGGUUACCACCCCACAAUGGCCCAACUGGAGAACCAGGGGCUGGGCUGUCUGGGAACGGGUAUGCCCAACAGGUGGCCCCGGAUGGGGGCUGGGGCUGGGUAGUCCUGGUGGCUACUAUCCUGGUCCUGGCUCUAACACUGGCCUUCCCUUCCUGUAUUGGCAUCUUUUACACAGAGCUACAGGCUGAGUUCAGCACCAGCAACACAGAGACGUCCUGGGUGCCUGCUAUCAUGACUGCUGUGCUGCACGCUGGUGGUCCACUAUGCAGCGUGCUCGUGGAACGCUUUGGUUGCCGGGUAACGGUGAUGGUGGGAGGGGUUCUGAGUGGACUAGGCAUGGUGGUCAGCGCCCUGGCCAGAACCAUCACAGAACUCUACAUCACCAGCAUCAUCGCAGGGUUGGGGUUCUGCCUGUCCUUCCAGCCCUCUGUGACCAUGAUGGGCCACUACUUUUUGAGGCGGCGGGCGUUUGCCAACGCCCUGUCGUCCACCGGCACGGCACUGGGCCUCAGCACCUUACCCCUGCUGGCCAACUUCCUGCUGGGCCAGUUUGGCUGGAGAGGCAGCUUCCUGGUCCUGGGAGGGUUGUUGUUGAACUGCUGCGUGUGUGGGGCUGUCAUGAGGCCCCUGGGGGCCAAACACAGUGGAGCCCAGAGGACACUCACUAACAAGGCUGCCCAGGGGCUCAGCAAGCAACCAAUCAAAGGUCCUCUCCAACAGGAGAAGGAGGGACUUAAGACAAGACUUAGGACAGCGCUCAGUGACCUUGUCGUGUUCCUACGGAGACACAUGGCCUUUGACCUGUUGGUCAGUAACCCUCGUUACCGUGCCUACGCCCUGGGAGUGACGUGGAUGAUGUUGGGGUUUGUAGUUCCCCUGGUCUACCUGGUGCCCUAUGCUACAGCCAAUGGUAUGGAACAGGACCGAGCCGCGCUACUGAUGGCCGUACUGGGCCUGGUUAACAUUGCUGUGAGACCCGUGGCGGCUGUCUUCUUCGGCCUGCCGCGCUUCAGGGGCAGUGGCUGUUUUGUGUAUGUGUUUGCGGUAGCCCUCCUGGUCAACGGGCUGAGUAACAGUAUCUGUGGUGCGGCCGCCACCUUCCCCGUGCUCCUGAUCUACGUGGUCAUCUUUGGUCUGUCCAUGUCUGUGAUUGGCUCUCUGCUCUUCACGGUGCUGAUGGAGACGGUGGAGAUGAGCCGGUUCCCCUCUGCCCUGGGUCUCAUCAGUAUGUUAGAGAGUGGAACACUGCUGAUUGGACCGCCGCUCGCAGGCAUGUUGGUGGACAGUACAGGACACUACUCUUAUGUGUUCUAUGCCUGCAGUGUGACUGUCUCCUCCUCUGGCCUCUUCCUCAUCGCAGCGUUCUACUAUCUGGACAGACAGAAGAAGAGGGAAGAGAAGAAGAGAGCAGGCACUCCUGCUGCUGCGUACCAACAGAAGCCUGCUAUCAGCUUAGUCCCUGACUGCCAGUACAGCCAUGUUCCUUCUACACAGGGAGGGAAGCCUGCUAUCGGCCUAGUCCCUGACUGCCAGUACAGCCAUGUUCCUUCUACACAGGGAGGGAAGCCUGCUAUCGGCCUAGUCCCUGACUGCCAGUACAGCCAUGUUCCUUCUACACAGGGAGGGAAGCCUGCUAUCAGCCUAGUCCCUGACUGCCAGUACAGCCAUGUUCCUUCUACACAGGGAGGGAAGCCUGCUAUCGGCCUAGUCCCUGACUGCCAGUACAGCCAUGUUCCUUCUACACAGGGAGGGAAGCCUGCUAUCAGCCUAGUCCCUGACUGCCAGUACAGCCAUGUUCCUUCUACACAGGGAGGGAAGCCUGCUAUCGGCCUAGUCCCUGACUGCCAGUACAGCCAUGUUCCUUCUACACAGGGAGGAAGCCUGCUAUCAGCCUAGUCCCUGACUGCCAGUACAGCCAUGUUCCUUCUACACAGGGAGGGAAGCCUGCUAUCAGCCUAGUCCCUGACUGCCAGUACAGCCAUGUUCCUUCUACACAGG